CUUGUGUGCUGGCACAAAUUGGAUUCUCAGCCCCUCCCUAUGUGGAUACUUCCAGCCCCCCCCCAAGCGUGGCUCCCCAGCAGUUUCUCAGCCCCUGACUUGGUUUCCCUGCCUGUUUGCAGAACAGCUCGCCAGCCUGACCCCCAAGGACUGCCCUCACCUGCUCCUCCAAGCCAUCUCUGGCCCCAUGGCGGCCGCGACCGCUUCUACCCUCACGAACCCCAUGGACGUCAUCCGGGCGCGUGUGCAGGUGGGGGGCAAAAGCUCCAUCACCCUGACCUUCAAGCAGCUGAUCGCAGAGGAGGGUCCCUGGGGGCUCACCAAGGGCCUUUCCGCUCGCAUCAUCUCGGCCACCCCCUCCACCAUCGUCAUCGUGGUGGGCUACGAGACCCUGAAGAAGCUCAGCUUGCGUCCGGAGCUGGUGGACUCCCGGCACUGGUAGGCGGCCGGGACGAGAGACCAAGGGGCGUGGCGGGGCCACCCCUGCCGCCCAUUCGGCUCCCAAACCCCCACCGUCCUCACUCGGCGUUAGCCUGGCCCCCGCCAGGGGAUCACCACCUGGCCCGGAAAAAACGGGGUAGGACUUCCUGGCAUUGUCUGCUUUGGGCCCCUUUUUAAAUUUUCUUUUUUUUUUUAAAGAAAAAAGAAAGGUGUGGUUGAACCCCAGGGAGGGUUUGGAUUUUUUGGGGAGGGGUAUUUUUGCCAGAAUUUCUGCAUCAUUGGGAAGACUCACUUUUCCUCACGCCCUUCUGCUGCUUGGAAAGGACCCAUCGGGCACAGCCACACAAAAUACGCACCCCCCGCCUUGGAAAGCGGUCAAACGGUCCAGAAAAUCCUGAUGCUCCUGAAAAGGGUCUCUCUCUUUUUUCUUUUUUUUACCGAAUAUUUGGGGAGGAGGGGAUGCACCGAACCCCAGGAGUUAUUUUUAUAGCCUUUCUUUCCAAACUUGAUGUGAUCUGUACAUAGAUCCCUUCUUAUUUUGUAUAAACCCGGAAGCCGCCUUUCUGAUCUUCUUGUCUCCGAAGAGUUAGGGGCUUUUGUUUAUAUGUUUCGAAUUGUGUCAAACGGUGAUUGAAGCAGGGUCUCCUCCUUGUCUGUACAGUCGUGGUGCCCAAUUGCGUUUGUGUGUGUGUGUGUGUGUGUGUGUGUCUCCUGGGCAGGGGGAUUAAAACCCACCCAGGGAGAGGGGUGCACUUUAUUCUCCAGGGUUUCACCCACCUGAGCGUAGACUAAAAAUAAUAACAACAACCAGAUCCCUCUUGUAUUAGUCUCCUCCUCCUACUCACCCUGUGCACACAGAGAAAGGUGAUGGUUGUUUAUUUGGGGGUGGGGGUCUUCAUUUGAAAGGCAAGGCUGAAAAAAUGUCUAGGAUAAUGAUAAUUUUUGAUCUUCGUAUAAGUGGGACGGUUUGAAUCACUGAAUGAAUAUUUCAUUAACACGUAGGACGGGGUAGGGAAGGAAGGGAUCCGUUUUCAUUUGGAAGGGAAGUCCUUGGAAGGCUAAUUCUGAUGCAAGAGCUGGUUCUCCCUUGGACUAAGCCGGCUGGGGGUCCUAAAUCCAGCCUAAAACCGUGCAGCUGAUGGCAAAGCAGCCCCCACAAGCAGGCAGACUUUUCCCAGGCUCAGCACCAUCGAUCGACUCCGUCCUGCCCGCCUCGCCACCAUUUUUCUACUGCCACUCUGGUGCUGAUUUGGGGCAUUCUUCCCUGAGCUGCUCUUCGCCCUGCAUGUGGGUACCAAAACCUUAGCAGGCAGAAAGAGGCCGCAGUUGCUGGGCUGUAAGUAAACUCACGUGCUUUAAAAUUAAAAGUAUUUGGCGGGGACGGGGUGGGUAGGAGGGAUUAGAAGCCAUGCCAGUGUGAGGGGUUAUUCUCUGCCCUUUGGGGGAGGCUUUCCUUCAAACAAGCAGCUUUUAAUGUCAAAUGAAGUUUAUUUCUGCCCUAAUCAUGGGCUGCAAAGAGACCUCUAAACCAGGGCGGUCCCCAAACUUGGCAACUUUAAGACUUGUUGGACUUCAACUCCCAGAUUUCUGGCAGUUGAAGUCCACAAGUCUUAAAAGUUGCCAAGUUUGGAGGCCUCUGUUCUAAACCCUUAAAUGCUGCCCGGGGAACGCUGGGAGUUGAAGUCUGCAUAUUUUAAAGUUGCCCAGGUUGAAACGGUCCUUCUCAGUCAGGGGGUCUGCAGACUUGGCGGACUUCAACUCCCAGAAUUCCUCAGCUGUUCUAGUUGCCAAGAGACGGUUGGCAAUUUCUGUAGGGCUAUGAAUUUGGGGGUUGGUGGGGAAAACGUUCCCAUCUCACGGGUUCAAAAUCAGCCCUCGGUGGAAAGAAGCCUUGGCCUGCACAAUUUUUAGUCCUUCCUAGCUUUGCCCAGCUUAGUUUCUUUUGGGUGUCCUAAGAUUUCUCGGUGUUAAGUUUAUUUUCUCCAGAUGUGCCACGUCUGCGCCUUGAAUGCGUGCUUCCAGCUCAGCCUCGACGAAGGUAUCCGGGGUUGCUGAAGGCCUUCGGCGGAAGUGGGCUUGUUGGGGUUCUGGGUGGCCAGAGGAGAGACCUCUUCCCUCUCGACAGAGAACCUCGCAACUCUACCACAAGUGCAGUUGUGCCAUAGCCAAG